UGGCUGCAGGCUGCAAGCAAGCGCAUUGUCAUGGGCCGCGCUUCCAGUGACAUUGGCUUUCUUACUGGCGCUGAUAGUACGGCUGGGCGCGCACACGCACGCCGCACGCCGAGUUGCGCGCGCGCCUCCACGCCUCGCGACCGCGACCGCCCGCGCGGCACCCGCGCCAUGCCCGCAGUGAAAGUAUUCAACAUAUUCGGCGCCCAGAAGCCGCACGAUAAACAACCCAAUUCGCACUCGAGUUCGCCCAUGCAAAAGUUUUACAGGACCUUCUCAGUCCCCCCGCAAACGUCCAAUGAGAAAAACACUAAAGUGACCGCGAUCGCCGCAUGCUUAGAGAAGCGCAUUAGUGAACCGAAACUGAACAAUGAUAACGUGCAGAAGUUUUCGAAAAAUAAUAGUGGUGUUGUGAACGGUAAAUCGGAUAAUUCUAAACACGUGUACGAGAAUGUAAACAUUGUCAGUGAAAACAAAUGUGUGCAACGCGAUUUAUUACUUGACGAAUCAAAAGGGUAUUCAUCGAUCUACGAAAAUAUUGUGAUUGUAGGAAAACCGGACCCCAAUAAAGAAGUGAUUGGGGAAUCCAAGUUAAACAAAGCUCUUCAGUCUUUUGAUAAAAUUUUGACUGAAUUUUCUGAAAGUGCAUCUUUGUCUACCGAAUUUGUCGGAACGAGAAGCAAUUUUAUAGUGCCUAAACUACAGAAGUCAAAAACCUGCAGUAUUAUAGAAUCAAGGUGUAUAUUAAAGAAAACUAAUUCAGACCCACAAAGUGAUAAUAAAACACGAAGCAAAGUGGUACGUAAUAAUUCUAUUGACAAAACAACCAGUUUGUGGAAUCUUGCCGAUAUGAAAGGCAAAGAGUUGACUUCACCAUUAAUGCCUUUGGCACCUACUACUAUCGAUAAAGUGAAUCCGGAUAAGUAUGCCACUUAUAAAAUCUCGUCUAAAAACCCGUCUCGUUUGAACUGCAUUAAAAACGAAGAUAUAAAAAAACUGGAUGUUAAAACAAGAAUAUUAAAGAAGACUUUAUCUAAUCCACCGUCGACACCUGUUCCGGUUAUAUCAAAACCGAAGCCGUUAACUAAAAAAACCGAGAAAAAAACAAGCGAACUCAAGAAAAUGAAACCUAAAUCAUGUACAGAUAAUGGAUCGUCCAAUAUAAAGAUGACCAUAGAAAGUAAAGAUAAUCCGAAAUCACAAAUGCAGAAAGCAAAGAGCGUGUGGGAACUCGGGAAUGAAAUAAUAAUAUCGCCUAACUUAGAAAGGACGAAGUCCUCUACUUCUAUCGCGGGCUCUCCCAGCAAGAUCCCGGUGAUAAGGAGUCAAAUGUCGCAUAACAAGUUCAGUAGUACUCGGGCUCUAUUUUCUCCCACUCCUGUUGAUCUAAAUAAUGUAGACCAGGCCAGAGAGUGUGCUCAGAAAAAAAAGUUGAUCGCGCCCAGGAAAUCUACGGAAAAACUCGAUAUAAAUAAACAAGUCAGACAAAAAUCUCAACUUUGCUUAAAGACUGAAAUAAAACGUCAAUCAGAUAAAACUAAGAACUAUGCACCGGAUAUCAAAAAAACGAUAACGUCUCCGAAACCCUCGCUGAGAGAUUAUACGGAAGAAAUUAAUGCAGUGCGCGCUAAGAUACAGCAAAGAAAAAUAAACAAAAGAGACAUCGUCAUAGCGUCGACGGAUUCCAAACGGAAUGAAAACGACGCGGAAGAAAUCGAUUCGAUACUGACACCUGUGAAAUCGAUUGUAAAAAAGUUAGAACUAAAAACAGCUUUGGAAUCGAAAGCUGAUGCAGCACAUUUCCUGAGCUGCAAAGUGAUCCCUCCGGUGCAUAAGGAGCUCUGUGUCGCGAACACAACUUUCCAUAACCACUUGAGCACACUCGUGGGCCGGCAAGUAAAAUACGUGGAAUCGAGAGAUGACUCGAAGACGUGCUCCCAAGUGAAAAAGCUCGAGUUACAUAAACAGAGCGAUGAAAAGAUAAUAUCAGAUACAAACUCGGACUGCAGCGACGACUCCGGUCACGUUUCGAACGACGCCGCGAACGAUAACGACCCGGCGUUCGAUAACGUGCACGACUUGAGCCCUGUGCAUAACUCAACGGAUGUAGUGGAUUGCAAAUUCAACGCUCCCAAACAAUUUGGGAUAAGUUUACCAGAGAAUGCGAAGGCCGUGCGCAACGCGCGAAACAUCGAGGUCGAUAGCGGUACCCGCGCCACCGACGCUCCGAAAGUGGAUGAACAGAUUAUGUUCCGCGGCGGCGUCGUGGGCGGGUUGGACGCACGUCGCGACGCAGCGCUCGCACGCGUGCUGGUCCGACUUCAAGCUCGAGCGCGGGGCUUACUCGCUCGUCGCCGAGCUCAACGACUCCGGACCCAGCACACGGCCGCGCGCUGCGUGCAACGGAACGUGCGCGCGUUCCUCGCCGUCCGCGAUUGGCCGUGGUGGCGGUUGCUGGUGCGAGUCACCCCGCUGCUCGCCGUACACAGGACCGAACACAGGCUGAAGCAAGCGCAGGAGGAACUGGAGACAUUGCGAACCAAGUUGGAUAAGGUGGAAGGAGAGCGAACAUAUUACAAGAACGAAACGGAAAAACUAGAAACAAAGCUGUCUGAAGUGGGCGGCGAGUUAACUGAGGAGCGAGCUGCGGCCGGUCUCGCCACCGAGCGCGCGGACGCUGAAGCGGCCGAGAGGUUGCGCGUAGAGAGGGACAACAGAGAGCUCAUCGCCAACAACCAGCGGUUGCAACAGGCAUCGGAGAGACUUGAACUCGAGCUACUGCACUGGCGGUCAACUGAAAGCGGCGGUGCCGAGCCCUCCGACUCCGAGGGAUCGGAAGCCGAUGCCAGCGCCAGCGGAGAGAAAUACAAACGAAGAUAUGAGGCUGCCCAUAGAGAAGUGCAGUUAUUACGCGCCCAGCUACGCAGACAACACGAGGACGACCUCGAACAGCUGGUCACCGUCAAGAAACAGCUCGAGAAAAAGGUACAAGAUGCUUAUGAAGAGGUCGAGGAGCAGCGUGCGGUGGCGGCGCAAUGGAAACGGAAGCUGCAGAAACUCACCAACGACAUGGCGGACCUCCGGUCGCUUCUCGACGAGCAGACAUGUCGCAACAACUUGCUAGAGAAGCGGCAGCGUAAGUUCGACGCCGAGCUCCACGGCGCACAAGAGGAGUUAAAGCGGGAACGGACCGCGAAGGAACGCCUGUCGAGGGAACGAGACCAGGCGCACGCUGACAAAUACGCACUGGAGCAGAGCCUCUCUGAAGCUCGGCUCGAACUCGAGCUGAAAGAAGAACGGCUGAACGCUGCCACUCGCGAGCUUGAAGAAAGAGGCGGCGGUGGCGACGAAGUAGCAGCACUGAGACGGACCAGAACCGACCUCGAGCGACGCGUGCGAGACCAAGAGGAAGAGCUUGAUGACCUCGCCGGACAGAUACAGUUACUGGAGAGCUGCAAGGUGCGACUAGAGAUGUUACUGGAGCAACAACGUAAAGAGGCGCGUUUGGAAGCAGCCGCGCGAGAUGACGAACUGGAAGAAACGCGCGCCAAUGCCGCCAAGAAACUUAAGAUGCUCGAGAGUCAACUGGAGAGCGAGCACUCCGAGCGAAGUCUGCUUCUACGAGAACGACAUGAACUUGAGCGAAGACUUGCUUCUUUGGAAGAGGCUGCGCGUGCGGAGAACCAGGAGCAAGCACAGCUGUUGCAAAGGCUAAAGAGAGAUUUGAAGAGAUAUCGAGCUUUGCUGCGCGAUGCUCAAACGAUGCUGGAACAGAAAGAGAAAGAAGGCGGAGCCAAAGCACAGAUUAGACAAUUGAAGAAUCAGGUAGAGGAUCUCGAGCUAGCAUUGCGAGCGGCGACGAAAGCGAAGCAAACAGCCGAAGCGGAAGCAGCGGAAACCACCGCAGCUUUGGAAGAAGCGACGCGAGCGAAGAACGAAGCGGCCGAGCGAGCGCUCGCCGCUACCAGGGACGCCGCCGCUGCCAGGGCUCAGCUCGAUGAUGCGGAGGAAGAGGCCGCGGAGUUACUCAAGAAAUACCGCGCGAGCACCAACGCUUUAUGUGCGGCGCAAGCGGAGUGCCGCGAGGCAUGCGCCCGCGCCGAGGCAGCCGCGGAAGAGGCGCGCCAGGCCCGCGAGCGCCUCGCCGACCUCGCCGCGCGCCUCGCCAGCGCCGAGGCCGGCCACACGCACACGCACCACGAGGCCGAGCGCCGCCUCGACACCAGGAACAAGGAGUUAGAGUCGAGUUUGGAGCUAGAAGCGACCGCACGCGCUCGGCUCGAGGGACAGUUGGCCCGACUUCGUGACGCGCACGAACAACUCGCCGCAGAGUUGGGCGCUGCCCGCGCGAGGGAUCAACAUGCGGCAGAUGACGCAAGGAAACUGGCGAGACAACUCAGAGAACUGAAAGAAGAAAACUCUAACCUAAACGCCAAACUGAGCGAAACGGCGCGCGCUAAAGCCGCGGCUGAAAGCGCAGCGGCCACAGCUGCGGCGGAAGCGGCCGCGGCUAGGGAUGAGGCCAGGCUCGCUGCCAGAAGAGCCGCGGCUUUACAAGAGGCCAUCGCGGGAGACCUGUCCAGCCCCGGCGACUCCAGGGAUACUGACAGUGACAACGACAGCUACAGUUCGGACGAGUCCAUCGGCACUUUCCUGGCGAACCACAAGCUGAGCCCUUCAGUGCCCUCACGGAAUAGUCUGCACCUCGACUCGCAGAAAUCGCAAACGCCCGAAGGCAGACAGAGCCGGUCUAGUGUAUCUUCGUCGUCUACCACCGCCAAGCAGCCAGUGACCCCUACCAAAGAGUCGUUCGCAUAA